UUGUCAUGAUUUGACAUUUUGGUAAUGGUAAAAGAACUCUCUUUCUUUCCCACCCUGCGAUCAUACAAACGGGAAAAUGGAAUCGAUGCCGAGGAAGCGAAGCAAAUCGGAAACCAAAACCCCAAGAAGAAACCCUAAUCCGUCGUCCGCUCCCAUAGGCGCAUCGAUGGAACCACCGAAAACUCUGUUCCCUCCCAAGGAAGAGUUCGCGAGGCUCGUGGCGGUGGUGGCUAUCGCGUCCGCCGUCGCGUUUGCCUGCAGUUUCCUCGCCGGGUUUCUGAGCUCUAACCCCAAACCUUUCUGCGAUUACAGUUUCGAUUCCAUCGACUUGGACUCUGAUUUGUGUGAGACUUGUCCGGAAAAUGGGGAAUGUUACCAAGGAAAGUUGGAAUGUAAGCAUGGAUACAGAAAGCAAGGAAAAUUAUGUGUAGAAGAUGGAGAACUCAAUGAAUCAACAAAGAAAUUGAUGAAGAAGAUUGAAAGAAAAGUUUGUGAAGCGAAUGCUCAUAAUGAAUGUUAUGGUACUGGGGUCAUUUGGGUUCAGGAGAAUGAUAUUUGGGAGGAUCUGCGUGGAAAUAGUGUGAUGGAAAACCUAGACGAGCAUGGUUACUUGUAUUUGAAAGGAAAGGUAGUAGAGGCUAUUGAUAAGCUACUAGAGAAACGGACUGAUUCUCUUGGGACCAGAGAGUUGAAGUGCCCUGAGUCGCUGGUAGAAUACUACAAACCUUUAACAUGUCGAGUACGCCAAUGGCUCUCCCGGCAAAUCCUCGUUAUUGUGCCUGCGUGUGCAUUGCUCUUGGGUUGCACUUUAUUACAUCAGAAAUUUCGGCGUAAACGGUAUAUAUCACAUAGAGUUGAAGAGCUAUACCAUCAGGUCUGCGACAUCCUGGAAGAGAACGCCUUGACAGCAAAGUCUUCGGAGAGUGACUCCGAGCCUUGGGUUAUCACAUCACGCUUGAGAGACCAUCUCCUUUGGCCCAGAGAAAGGAAAGAUCCUCUGUUGUGGAGAAAGGUUGAGGAGUUGAUUCAGGAAGAUUCACGGAUAGAUCGCUACCCGAAAAUUGUCAAGGGGGAAUCGAAAGUUGUAUGGGAAUGGCAGGUCGAAGGUUCUCUGAGCUUAUCCAAGUUAAAGAAACGGCAAGAGAGACACAAAUUCAGACAAAGCGACAACUCAGGCUCGAUUUUGCAAGCAAAUUACAACAGAAAAAUCACUGAGGCAAGCUCCUAAUACAUUUGCAACACUCUGCAAUCUUGAAGCUUGGAGCUGUUAUCUUUCGAGAUUACUGGUUUGGUCUCUUGAAGGUACUGACUUUUAUGUAUUGCUUGGAUUCUGCGAGUGCAGUAAAUAUACCGAACAGAAAUGUAUUCCGAAUUCUCACCGACGGCUUCCGGUCAGGGGACGACAACAGUGUGCUCCGGUACAAAUUCUGGUACCGGGGGAUUUAUAAGUUCUGUCGGUAAACCCGAUCGGUUUAGUAGGUUUAAGUUUCGGUGACCGGUAGAGAGAUGGGGAGUGUCGGCUGUAAGAGUGAAUGGUGCAUCAACUGAGUUGAUUCAACUCUCUGUCUUUCAUGUUUCAUUAAAUAUAUAUUAAUUUAGAACUGCGAACUAACUAUAAGCCAUUAAAUAGAUAAAGAAAUAAAUAAAUACAGUUGGGCUAUACAUAUGUCGGGUUCUCAUUCUAUGACCGACGUUAGGAUGGAACUGCAUCUCUUUAAUUACAUGUGUUCUUUUUU